UCAAAAACAUGUACGAGUACGUAAGUAACGUAACUAUCUAUAUUUUUAUUUACUCAUUUUACAUUUUUACUGUACUAUCUCAUUAGAUCAGUUUCAGAUCACAGUUCUUGACGUCCCGUUUUAUUUUUCGUGUUCAAAACUGACGGCUAAUUUUCAGUACGUCUACAUUAUUGUUGGUAAGGAACCAUUGACGGCAACGUCAACGUGCACUCGCAACUCGGUAUCUAGCGAUUGAUUGGAACCAUGUGACAGCUUGUCUCAGUUGUCUAGUCCAGUGUAGAACGUGUGCUCGAUUUCGAUGGAUCCACCUUCCGCGGCAUCUUUAGGAGAUGUGGCAGACGCGGUGCUGCAAGCACAAGAACUUCUCUCUAGCCUAGUAAUUUCAUCAGAAUCUGGCACCAUCCCUUCCACUGGCCGAAAGAAUAUAGUUCCUAAUGAAUAUUCCGCAGUCAAUUCCGGCGAAAUAUCAGAAAAUCAACGCCAGCGUCGAGUGGAGCUUGAGUUGUACCAAAAGAUAACCAACCUCCGAAAUUCUCUUCUUGAUUUUGGUGAGGAUCAUGGAAUACGCUAUGUGACGUACGGUGGUGAGCAUCAUCUGAAGGAAAUCAUGGAUUUGAUCACGAAGGACUUGUCGGAGCCGUACUCCAUUUAUACCUAUCGCUAUUUCAUCUAUCAAUGGCCUAAGUUAUGCUACUUGGCUCUGGAUCAGAAUGAGAAAAUUGUGGGGACGAUUGUUUGUAAAAUGGAAAACACCAAGGGACCCCAAAUCGGAAGAAAUGACUAUAUUCGGAGAGGAUACAUUGCUAUGCUAGCUGUUGAUAAAACACAACGUCGCAAAAAAAUUGGAACUGCUCUAGUUGUCAGUGCGGUUGAGGCGCUAAUGACCAACGGCUGUGAUGAGGUAGUUCUGGAAACAGAAACAACCAACCAGGCAGCACUGCAUUUGUACGAAAAUCUCGGAUUCGCCAAGCACAAGCGUCUAUUGAAAUAUUAUUUAAACGGAGUGGAUGCGUUCCGGCUAAAACUGUGGAUAAAGUACCCAGCUAUUAUCAAAGAACGAGCCAGUAUUUCAAAACAGAAUGUUGGUGAUGAUGCGUUUAUACCUUCUGGUGAUACGUAACUUCUGUCCGAAGUGCGACGCAGUAUUAUGGGUUACGUGGUGCUUUAUGAUGCUGUUCUUGAGAAGAAACUGCUGGGACGAUGAACUGGAUGCUCUUUGGAAAUUAAAUUUGCGUAUGGGGACGUGAUUUAAAAUAUCGUGACAAACUUCCGUGUGACAGCAUCCUUUUACGCAGUUCUGCAGUAUAAUU